ACGAAAACGAGACGAAAGCAAAAUAGUCGAAAUACUAACAUCACAUCAUCCGGCGGCCGAAAAAAACCAGCAACUUUUUCAAACAAAAACUCAAAGAUAAUUGUGGAAAAGUGGACAAAAGUGAAGAAAAGCGGCCAACGGAAAUAGAAAAACCGUUCAGUAGAAACGUGUCCGCCAAAAAAGAAAGCCAUACAGCCAAAUCGGCACACACAUUCUACAAAAUUCUUCCAAGAGAAAAGUUCUACUCUUUGUGUUUCAUUUAUUUUACUUUUAUUUUGACUGAAAUAGAGAUUUUGCUUGUUUUUGCGUGGAAAUUUUGGAAAACUUUCGAAAUAUAUAUAUAUAGAUGAAAAAUUACAACAAAAAUAUUGAGUGGAAAAUAGUGUUAUGAAAUAGUGGCCGCGUGCGUUGAAACUAAAAGCCGAAAGUGCUGGAAAUUAAUUAAAAAUUUACUUCAAUAAAAUAUUAAAAAAUACAAAAGAUAAAAUAAACACUGUAAAAUAAAAUCUAAAAAAAACUUCAAGAAGCAGAUUUCCAUUUCUCCAAAGAAGUACGAUAUGAACGAUUCGGCUCCCAAUACCCCAGGACCUAGUUCAGCGUCCACUCAGCCGAAAAAGUAUUACCGUCAUGCGGCUCAUAGAGUCUUUGUGAACAGAUCACUGCAUUUGGAGAACAUCAAGUACUAUGGCUUUGACAUGGAUUAUACCCUGGCAGAGUACAAGUCACCGCAAUAUGAGCAAUUGGGCUUCAAUCUCGUCAAGGAGCGUCUAGUCCAAAUGGGCUAUCCCAAGGAGAUCCUUCAGUUCGAAUAUGAUCCCACUUUUCCCGUUCGUGGUCUCUGGUUCGAUACACUGUACGGAAAUUUGCUCAAAGUUGAUGCCUAUGGCAAUAUUUUGGUCUGUGUCCAUGGCUUUGAGUUUAUAAAGCACCACCAGGUGUAUGAAUUAUAUCCAAAUAAGUUUCUCAAACUAGACGAGUCGCGUGUUUAUGUCUUGAACACGCUUUUCAAUCUGCCGGAGACCUAUCUUCUGGCCUGUCUUACUGACUUUUUCACAAACAGCAAUGAGUUUGUUCGCGUUGAACGCGGCAUCAAAGCUGGCGAUUUCCUUUUCACGUACAAGUCGAUUUUCCAGGACGUGCGUCGUGCCGUCGACUGGGUGCAUUCCGAUGGUGAUCUGAAGCGUCGUACCACUCAGAACAUGGCCCACUAUGUGAAGAAGGACGCUCGCCUGCCCACUGUCCUGUCGCGUAUCCGAGAGUCGGGAGCCAAGCUCUUCAUGCUGACCAACAGCGACUACACGUACACCAAUGAGAUCAUGACCUAUCUGUUCGACUUCCCCCAUGGAGCCACCGAGGAGGAGCCGCAUCGCGACUGGAAGACCUACUUCGAUGUGAUUGUGGUGGAUGCCCGCAAGCCGCUCUUCUUCGACGAGGGCACUGUCCUCCGGCAGGUGGACACCAAGACCGGUGGCCUCAAGAUCGGCACCCAUAUCGGACCACUGCAACCCGGCCAGGUGUACUCGGGUGGGUCCUGUGAGCUCUUCACCAAGUUCAUUAAUGCAAAGGGCAAGGACGUCCUCUACGUGGGUGAUCACAUUUUCGGCGACAUUCUGAAGUCGAAGAAGAUCCGGGGCUGGCGUACGUUCCUGAUUGUACCGGAACUGGUCCGGGAGCUGCACGUCUGGACGGAUGAGUGCCAGUUGUUUGCGGAGCUCCAGAAUCUGGACAUAAAGCUGGGCGACCUGUAUCGCGAUCUGGACUCCAGUGCCAAGGUCAAGCCGGAUAUAUCCCAGCUGCGCACCUGCAUCCGCGACGUUACCCACAAAAUGGACAUGGCCUAUGGCAUGAUGGGCUCCCUCUUCCGGUCGGGAUCGCGUCAGACCUUCUUCUCCAGCCAGGUGGUGCGAUAUGCCGACGUCUAUGCCGCCACCUUGCUCAAUCUCAUCUACUAUCCCUUCUCGUACAUGUUCCGUGCUCCGGCGAUGCUCUUGCCCCACGAGUCCACUGUCGCUCACGAUCAGCUGGCUCCAGCUCCGGCCCCGGCUCCGGCCACGGCUUCCGGCUCCACAUGCUCCCCAGAUGAGCCAGCACCUGGUAGGAUUGUAGCUGGCAGUGAUCAGCCACAGCAGCCGGCCAAAGAAGCCAAGGAUUUGCAUCGAGCUAGCUCCAUUGUCCACACACGCCCCUCCACACCCACCGUCGUCACUCACACCCACGACGAGGACUAUUCCGAGGAGGAGGAGACGGCCAGUGGCGCCGAGUCGCCCUCCGAGCAGCAGCUCCGUGAAGCUUCCGAGGAUUAAAGAGAGGAUACGUUUCAAAGGAACAACAAGGAUCAACGAAUUUUUGCGCGCCUCCCCCGAUACUCCUAAUUAUUUUUUUUUUUUUGGAAACGUACGAUUUUUGCUGGCGAUUUUAAACCCGAGAAGCACAGAUUUGUGAAACUAUAUAUACCAUAUAUGAUAUAUUAUAAAUUAGCUGGUUCCAUAUAUAUAUAUAU